UUCACUCGUUAUUGGUUAAACAAAGUAUAAAUCUAAAAGCAUAAAUCACAUUAAGGUAUUGUUUACUUAUUUGUCAUAAAAAUAAAUGCGUUUGAAGUUUAAGGUGCACGAACUUAUAGUUUAGAGGCUAUACACAAGCACUUGAUUCAGAGGAGCACUUGAUUUUCCAAUCAAAUCUGCUAUACUGGUGUAUUGUAUUUAUAGAAGCACGUUGUUUGGUAUAAUAAAUACAUAUCAAUGGCAUAUUUCUGGGUAUAGUAAUAUUCCGACCAAGUGAAAAGUUAUGUCAACUUUGUCAGACAUCACUCCACUCAGGUUGCAAUAUUUACUAUACCCUGCAACUGACAGGUAUGUUGAUAUAAUAUGGAGUUCUUAUAAGAAGGAAUUAGACAUGAAGCUUUAAAUUAAUUUGCAAUCUUCGUCUGUAUGUGUGCUUAUAGAGUUCAAUAUUUCUUAGCUGCUGAUGUUUAAUAAUGUCCUGUUACGUAUAGGAACCCCGGGGUGUGCGGAGUGACGUCCCUGGUGCUUGAUCACGUCUCCACUCUGGGGUCAACCAGAUUGCCUGGCACAAAGCAGCCAUAUUCAAGCCUGGAGUCCCAGCUUUCACUGUUCCACAACCUUCGGAAGCCAUGAGGUUGCUGGCAGAAAGGGCACUGGAGAAAGGGGCUGUAUUGCAUCAGUGCCAAGACCUCAGUGCAUACCAUCGGUCACUGAAGCUGGGAAUCAAAGGGUACGUUCAGACGCUGAAUGCAGCCCUGGCCCUUCAACUAUGUCACACCUGGAUGUUGAAAUACAAGGAGAGGUUCAUCAACAACAAAGCACCACCGAAAGACCAAUCAGAUAUGAGCCUUGGGCCAGAGUCCACGGCUUCUGUCACACCCUCUGCGGACCAGAUGUACAUCCCCACUGUCUCCCCCAUUACUCUUACACAGAAUGAAGUUAAAGGCCUGGAAGAGUGUGUAUGGCUGGGCAGGAACCAGGUGAUGAACGUCUCUGGGGUCUCCUUCUACCUGGACGGGGCUCACACGGUCGAGAGUAUACAGCAAUGUGUGGAGUGGUUCAAGACAGAAACAGAGACGGAAAAAAGCAACUACAGGGACGGUGUCUAUAGGAUUCUCUUAUACAACUGUACAGGUGACCGGGAUUCCUUCACUCUGAUGAAGCCAUUAGUGUCUUGUGGCUUUGAUGCAGCACUAUUUUGUCCUAAUCUGGCGUAUGAAAUUUCUGUCAGUGCAGAUCAAACAAACUAUACGGUCACCAAAGAAAGCCAGUGCAAGCGCUGUAUCACCAACAAAGAGACUUUUGACGAACUCUUACGACAACAGCAGAAUAUAGGUGGUAGUAACAGCAUGGAGACGGGUACCACAGGAAACAAAGCGGAAUUUCAGUCUCUAUUUUUUUCGUCCAUUUCAGAGUGUAUAAACUGGAUAUGCAAACGAAAGUGGUACGAAAACAGGGUAGUGAGUGAAAAGCUGAUUAAAGGCGAUUUGCUCAACAAUUCUGAAGUUUGUAUAAACAGGGAUUCAACAGAUGCGUCAGGUAUUAAUGGAACCUGUAUCUCAGACACCAAAGUGACCAAUAGGGUAGAAUCUGGUCAGGGACUUCAGACCGGUGAUGAGGAUGUAUACAAAUAUGUCAAUCAAGCAUCUGAGGAUGCUGACAUACAACAUGUGGAAGUCUUGAUCACUGGAAGCCUGCAUUUGGUUGGCGGAGCUUUAAGGGUCUUGUGGGAAAGGCAGCUGUAAUGAAGCCUUUGAAAAUGUGAUAUAUUUUAUAUUCUUGUGUUGUUUUUUUUCUCAGGAAACUUUAACAAAUUACGAAGUAAUUAUAUCAAAAUAAUCAAGUGUAUUAUCAUGAAUUGGAUCAUAAAUUGGAGUAUCGAAGGUUGAUCACUGACCCUGCGAUGUAAAAUUGUGUGGGUAUUGGAAGUGAAAUCAUUUCAACUGCCAAUUUUUCUACUACAUCUGGAUCAAGAUGGACGAUUGGCAGUUACUGGCAUAACUGUGUAUACUUAAAACUGGUAAACCAGCUACCUUAGGGAAAAUGGGAGUUUGUUAACUGAUCGCCGUGAUAUGACUUGAUAUGAAAAUGGUUGCCACCAAAAAUAAAUAAAUAAAAUAAAAAUAACAACAAACACACUGUAAUAUAUGAGAUAGAUACCAUAGUAUUUUUGUGAAAUUGUUUACAUACUAUCUCGUAUUUGAAAUGUGGGGAAUAUGUUUAAUA